CGCCCUCCUCCCCUGAACCGGCAGCCUAGGGACGGCCCAUCUCCCCACACACUGCCCGCCUCGCCUCUGCUCACACCUCGGGGCUGCCGACGCCGCCUCCUGCCACACGGGGAAAGGAGAUACCACAGAGAUACCCGCCGCCGGGACGGUCCCCUCACGGCUGAGGAGACAUUAAUAUUAGGAAAUGGCAGAAGCAGUUUUUCAUCCCCCAAGAAGGAAAAGAAGAGUUUUUGAGUCUUACGAGUCUCCCUUCCCUGUGGAUGUAGGUGGCAAGGAUUUCAGAAUAUGCCAGGCUGAAAUCAUUAACAACAAUGUUAUUGUGAGGAACCCUGAAGAUAUUGAACAGCUUUAUAACAAGGGCUAUUUUGGAAAAGGUAUCCUUUCAAGAAGUCGACCAGCGUACAGCAUUUCGGAUCCUUCACUGGUUACAAAGUGGCAAGGUGCUAACAUAAACAUGCCUAUAAUUACAUCCAAAAAGUACCAGUGUCAUGUUCAGUGGGCUAAAAGUAUUUUGCAAGAGCAAGGAUUUGAUGACUGCUCGAUUACCAAAAUUCUUGAAAAUUACACUAAACCUCUUGAGCUGCCAUUUUUGGAAGAGGAUGGAGCCGAACAAACCAGUAAUAGUUGCAACAGAAUGGGCCCAAAUACAGAAAAUACAGAACUUUGCAGGCAAUCUUCUACAGAUACUGGGAACGCAGUAGCCCUAAGUUGUGAGAAUCGGAACGAAGGCUACAAGAAAGCCUGUUUGGAAGGAGAUCCGGCAUUUUAUCCUGUGGCUGUAUGUGGCUCUAAAGAACAGGAACAAAGUGACUUGAAAGAGAUAGCUGAAGUUUCAUGCCAGAAGCAUGGUUUUCUCAUGCAGUGUGGCUGCAAGGCAAAGGAGCACACUGGGCAAAGAUCUUCUGAGGCGAUAAAGUCAAAAGAAUGUGCUCCAGAAUAUGUAUUGGUGCAAGAGGAAGAAGAAGGUGACUUAUGUCCUGAAGAUGAUUCUGCUCAUGUGCAAGAAAAUCUUGUCAAGAAGGAAAAACUAGUAUGCAGAAGAAAUCCAUUUAGGAUUUUUGAGUAUUUACAACUCACCUUGGAAGAGGCUUUUUUCUUGGUGUAUGCUCUGGGAUGUUUAAGUAUUUAUUAUGGUGAGGAGCCCCUAACUAUUUUGAAGCUAUGGGAAAUUUUCAGCGAAGUGAAGCCCAAUUUUAAAACUACUUACAUGGCGUAUCACUACUUCCGCAGCAAGGGUUGGGUCCCCAAAGUCGGACUGAAGUACGGAACUGAUCUCUUGCUGUAUCGAAAAGGCCCCCCCUUCUAUCAUGCAAGCUACUCUGUCAUUGCUGAAUUAGUUGAUGAUAAUUUUGAAGGUCCUCUUUGCAGACCGCUCAGCUGGAAGUCCUUGUCUGGGUUGAACAGAACAACUGUUAAUGCUUCUAAGGAACUUAUGUUAUGCUAUUUGAUUAGACCGUCUGACAUGAGUGAAAAAGAGAUGUCGACACCAGAAUGUAUGAAAAAAAUUAAGGUUCAGGAACUGAUUGUGAGUCGUUGGGUUUCUUCCCGUGAGCGCAGUGAGCAAGAUGAAUUUUAACUGACUGUAUAGGAAAAACUUUCUUUUUUUUUUAAAAAUCACAUCUUGUUGUUUUUCACCUGAUCUUCUCAUGAUGAACCAUUGUCUCAACAGUUUCUACCGACAUAUUCAGUUGGUAUGUAUAAAUGCUAUUUAAAAUGAGGCAUGUCAUGUUUACUGGAGAGAAUUUUGUAUUGAAAAAUGUAAAUGAACUGUAAUAAUGCAUAGGAAGGGGAAGAAAUUAAAGCUGUGUCUGAACUCAGAAUACCUGUUUGUUUCCUUAAACGUACAAAUGUGUAUCAGUGAGUGGUGGCGAGACUGCAGUGGUUAGUAAUGGUAUUUAUAAUAUUCUGACAGAUCUGGGCACUAGUGCUGAAUGGGCACUACGGCCUGCAGAGCCACAGAAGUCCAAAACCUGAGCGUCUGCCUGAAAGACAAAGCAAUGAGGGAUCAAACAGUUUUUCUGGGAAUACCUCACAUAUUCUUCAGAGUUGAACUUGGGAAUUAUAAGGCUAACUUCGUGUUGUAGCUCGGCACUGCAUACUGCAUUUCUUCAGAAAGGAGGACUUAAAACUUGAUAGUCCUCAAGUUUAAUGCUGGUUUUUAUCUAGUUAAAACUGGUUAAGAACCAGCAGUAAUUACAGUGAGUCAGCUAACCUUUUGGGAUACCUAUGGUACCAUUCUUCAACCUAAACUGGACUUCAUAGCCUGGAUGAAGUUGCACAAACUUAGAUCUGGGGAGAGAUCUGGCUGUUGCAAUAUUGAGCAGUGUAACACGUUGCUGUUAGGUGCUUAGACCCUGAAUUUACGGGUCCCAACUAAAAUUCACAAUGCUUAUUUUCACAAGCAUUGUGUAGAAUCGAGGAACUCUUCCCAGGAUGUGCAAGGUCUUUAAUUAAUUCUGGGUUCUAAGCAGCUAACAGCGAUGUUAGGUGUUAGGCAGUAGGGAAUGCCGGGGCACCUCUCCCCAUUUCAGUAAGAUGUCGUACUGGGGCUUUGCAGCAUGAGAUUCCUCCUUGGAAGGACAGGCCUCAUCUUGCUCCAGGACAGCAGGAUUCCCCGACCACAAUUCGAUGCCCUUUGCUUUUGUUGAAGGUGGGUUACUGUGUAGAAAAUAAUGGAAGAUUUGCUGAGCUAGUGAGAGGAAGUCAGCCUCUGUAGCUUGGCAAGUACAAGUCUGUUUCACCACUGCUUUUGUCUCUUUUAUCCAGCAACUACAACAGUCUGUAAAUAUCUUUUUUUCAUAGUGCGCUUGUAGCUCUCUUUGCCCUGGCCUGUCGUAUGUUGUAAAACGGACUGGGAGGCACCGCUGCGUUUUGUAUAGAGUGAGGCAUAGGACAGCGCUGAGCAGUUCUGCCUUGCUACGUUAGGUGCCUGCUUUUUUCUAACUUUUUAGUAAGAUUUAAUCAUGUAGAUUGCAGGUUCCUAAAUACGAUGUUUGCUAUUGCUAAGCCAUGUUUGGACAACAAACCAACCAACCCAGCAGGUAUUCAGCUGUCUUUCAAGUUGAGCCAGGAGGUUUAAGUAUGAGCUACGCUACAUUUUAAGUAUUGCUGCUUUAGACUCAGGCAUUUGAGUUCCAUCAGUCUUUGAAUAACAGGCUUCCUUGCUUCACCGUGCUGUUAAGAUUUUUUUUUAGCUUUAUUUUUUUUUGCCGUGUUGUGAGAGAAUACGUUUGCUGCAACAGUAAGGAUACAUUAUAGCUGGUGACAAUGGCACCGUUUGGA